AUGGGCGCUCGAGAGGCGGGCGCCUGUCGCCGACGGGACUCGCCUCCUUCGCCGCGCUCCAGCCCUCUCCGCGGCUUGCCCCUCGCCGCCAUUCGAUUGCGCCCUGCGACUCCGCGCACUGGCUUAUAUCCGCCUCCUGUGGGCACGAGGCCUGCGCUCCGCGCUGCCGGCUGUUUGCCUGAUGUUGCUUCGUGCUCCUCUCCUUCUGCGUCGUCUUCUCGUUUGCAUGUUUCCUCAUCACCUCGUCGUUUUCCUCCGCCGUCCGCCGCUCCGCGUCGUCUUUCUUCGCCGCCCUGUCGCACUCCUCAUCGCCCUGUCUCUUCAUCUCCCUCGGGCGCCCAGCAGUCGCCGCCUCGCGCCUCGCCUUCGCUUCUCUCUAAUGGCGCCUCACCUCCCUCAGAACUCCCCACCGCAAGCCUCUGUGCGCGUUGCAGCGCGAGCGGAGAAGCGGGUCGGUCUUCGCGUGAAGAGCGGAGGGAGAAUGUGGCGAAUGGCCGAUUCGUCGUGGAAGCAGAUGACUGUCUCUAUGUCUACUGCCUCUCCGAUGCGGAGGCGGGGCGCCUGCUCGCCGCACAUCCGUCCUCAGAGCCACUCUUUCUGCUGUAUGUAGCCCCCUCGGAAGAGGCAGACCUCCCGAACGGGUCACGCCGCGAGCCGCCGCCAGCGCGCGCGUCCUUUCAAGGCGCAAAGGAGGAAGAGGCCGCAAAUGGAACGUCUGAUACGCGCGACAGCUGCGUAGGGGACGGGCGAGGAGCGAGAGAGGCGCAGUCAAGAAAGACACCACCAGGAGAAAGGAAUGCUGUCAACCUGCUCGCGGAUGAAACCGGUCACCAAGAACAGGCAUACGAGAGGAAGGGGAAUACCAACAGCCACACAGGAGAUUGUGCUGUCUCUAGGUACCCAGUUUCCGAGAGACAGCUUCGCCAGCUUCGCGUGCGCUUCAGAGGUCCCAUAACCGGGGCGGUCGCGCCGCCUUUCGUCAUCUCGCAGGUCUCUCUCUCUCCCUCGUCCCCUGUUGUGUCUGCCUUGGCUUCUCCGUCUCCGCGGGAGCCGUCUCCUGCUACUCCGGCCUCGUGUUUGUCCGCAUCUGCUCACUCAGCUUUGUGUGAGUCUUCUCUUCCUCCUCCAGCGUCCUCGGCUUCAACGUCUCCGUGCGGCUCCACAUCUCGCAGCGUUUCGUUUUGCUUCGCGCACGAAAGCCAGGAAUCCCUCGGCGGCGGAGCGGCCUGUCGCGCGUUUCUCUCCUCGCUGGCGGCGUUCCUCUUCGAACUCGAGCUCGCUCUCGCCUUCCUCUCUGCGUCGUUCUUCGCGCCGGUGCGGCGGCGCGAGUCGAGACGCCAAGCUCCCUCCCGCUGGAGCGCGAGCGACGCCUCCGCUCCGCGGUCAACUCCGCCCACCUCGGCUUCUUCGAGUGCGGCGCGCGCGGCGUCUGCUGCACCUGGUUGCGCGUCCUCUGCGCCAUGCUGUGCGCCUUCUUCCGCGCGACGUGGCUCGGAGUCGGGCUCUUUUCAGUCCUGUCGCGGCAGCGAGGAGCGGGGCGCCGGUUCGCAAGCGGAGUUCCUCUCGCGGGAGCUCUUCCCCGCGCUGCUGCAGUGGGUGGGAGGGCAGCUUGCUGCGGAGUGCGCGACCCACGCCCUCGCCCUGGAGACAAAGCAGGCAGAGACAGACACACCGGAGGGCGAAGCGCCGAGAGACAGAGACGCGCACGGUGACCUACGCCUGCUGGAAGAAGAAGAAGGCGAGGGGCGGCGCGGGGGAGAUGUGCAACUGGGCGAGGAGAACUUUUCUUCUCCCCACGUUCUCAGCGUGCUUCUCCUCACCCUCGCGAUCGAGCGUAACCCGCGGCGUCUCUCGACGGUUUUUUGGAACUCGUGGCUUGACCGACUUCGCAUAUCUCCGUCGCAUUGGCAGGCGACCGCCGUCCUUCCUCUCCUGCUCACAUCCUCGGAACCGUUUCUUCAGUCUCUCCUCGAGACGCAGGGCUCUCUCUUCUCUCUCCUCGGCGCGGAGCUGGCCUCAGUCCACGCUGCGGUGCGGCGCGAGCUCCUCCCUUCGCCCCGCGCGCAGUCCGUCUUUUCGUCUUCUGCGCAGAGCACUGCGGUCGCCUGCGCAGCUGCGGCUCUGCGUUGUCUAUCGCAUUCCCCGUCUUCCAGGCGCUGCGCCGCCGCGGCCUCCGCCUCUCCCUCGGUGCCGCCUUGCGCGUCCGCGGAGAGCGCAGGCAGGAGGCCGCGAGCCGCGUGGCAGCCGCGCCAGGACGGCAGCUGCGCAGAAGAGAGGCUCCGCAGCGGCCUUCACGGCGUCGAGGAGGUCGCGAGCCGCGGCCUCUUCAGGCUGCUGGCGACGCAGCGAGCGGUGGUCGCCGCGAUGGACAUUCUGUGUGCGUUUCUCUUGCACCGCCACGUGUCGCGGCUCGAGGCCUGGAGCUCCGCUGCGUCCGCGGCUCUACAAGGCUCGCGUGUCUCCGCGCCGGUGCGGGCGAAUGGGCUCGACUGGACCUCUCUGCGGCUUUUGGCGGCGGUGAAACGGGAUCUGCCGAUUCCGCUUGGUGUCGAAAUCCUCCAUGGCGCUGCCCUCUACGAGUGGGCGGGGGAGAACGAGGAAGCGCGAGACGUAGAGACUCUUCGAGCCGAGCAUGGAACGAGAAAAAAGCACAGUGGCGCAGGGGAAGGCCGAGGCGAAGCCGAGACGCAGCGAAACAGAGACGUGGAGCCUGAUUCGCGUCUUCCAGGGAUGUCCCUGCAGCGCGGGCCCCGAGGGGCGACGGGGGACUUCGGGCCUCUUCCGUCCUCCACGACGGCGCUGCGACAAGGCAUUUUGCCGCUUGCGCGUCUUCUUCGAAGACUCGUCAAGCGUGAGCCGCAUCGCGAGGUGGAGCAGCCAGAAAGCGGCGGCGCGGCUGUGGAAGACGAGCGGAUCUUGCCCGCGCUGGCUGAGGCAUGUACGCCGCAAGCGGCCUGUCAAAUCACGUGUGCGCUGUUCGUCUUCGCUGAUAAGUCGUCGCAUUCUCCUCUCGCGCCGCCGCUGCCGCAUCAGGCGUCUCCGCGGGUCGCGCCUGUCCCAGAAGAGGAACCUCAGGACGAAACACGCAGGCGGGGGGACGCCCAUCGCUCGUGGUUCGCUCUUGUCUCGCCUCACCGCGUCGCCGCGACGCGCGAAGAGGCCUGCGGCCGGCAGCGGGGGAGCUGCGCGUGCGUCUGCGCGUGUUUUUCUGGAGGCGCCCGGGACGCGUACGUGACUCGCAGCGAGGCGGAACUUCGGGCCUGUGUGUGGUCUUGGAUGGAUCUCUACAGUCGCCUCCACGCACUCUUUGCGCGCCAGUUCGUCAUCGGUUUCAAGCGGCAGACGCUGCGCCGACUCGCGCGGGAGCGAGGCGAGACCCAGAGGCGCAGUCGCAGCGCCGAAGGCGGCGAGGGGCCGCAGGACAGUGCCGGGUGGCAGGACGGGGGAGGAGACACCUCAGGGCGAGGCCCGGAGACUGAAGAGGACGAGGGCAGAGCUCGAAAAACACCGGCGACCGCAGACGCGAAGCGUGAGGAUGCGUUCCUCCUCUCAGUGUCUGCGCUGCUGCGAAGGCACCUAACUGCACUCGACGACGACGCGGGGUGCCUGUCUAGUCUGUCGUCGCCGUCGCAGGAACUUCCUCGUUCUUCCUCUCGCCGUGGCAGCCUCAAGAAGGCGUCUCCACCGCCCACACCGGCCGCGUCUGGGCCGCGGGCGGCGAGCGUCGCCCUCUUCUCUGGCUCAGAGGCAGCUCUUUGUCGGCGGCAGAGCGGACACAGCCUCCGCGCUGCGUGCCACGCGGGGGCACGAGACGAAAACGACGCGGCUGUCUCUGUCGUAUCCCGUCUCUCGUCUAUCUCUCAGCUCCUCAGUCUGUCCAGCGAGUAUCUCCGGCGCUGCGGCGCGUCGCCUGGACUUGCCGCCUCCACUGUGAAUCUUUGCUGUUCCUCCUUUGUGAAAAUCUCCAAUCUCUUGCUGCGCGGCUCUGUCUGGGAUUCGUCUCGCCGCGCGUCUCGUUCCGAGCCUUCGGCGGCCGCGGUUUCGAGCUCAGUCGGCUCCGCGGAACUCCCUUCUUUUUGUUGGGGCGGAGCCCAGGCUGGGGCGAGCCGUGAUCAGCUGGCUCGUCUCUCUGCUUCUUGUCAGCUCGUUUCUUCCUUUUUCGCUCUUCUGUCGUCUCUCCUCCGGUCGCUCUCCUCGUCACCCCGCCACCUUCUUCUCGCUUGCGCGCUGCUUCGUUUCCUCGACCUCGCCCCGGCGUGCUGCGCCGGCUCCGCGACCAGCGUCUCUUCAGAGGAAGAAGGAACGAAACAAGCAACGCCAGAUGCAGCAUCCAAGAGGGAGAAAGCGGGGGAGAGAGAAGCUCCGAAGGCUGUGGCGUUCGCCUCGUUGAUUACGCUCCUGCUACAAAACUCUCUGCCUUUUGAAGACCCGCGCUGUCGCUUCUCUGGCUCAAGCCACUGGACCGAUGGCCCUGCAUCGACGCCGGAGUCCUCCAAAAUCGUGUCGUCCUCUCUUUCUCUUGCGUCUCCGCCUGCUCCAUCUUCGAGUGGGUUGCCAGCGGCGUGUCCGCAUUGGUUCGAGGUUUUCCGCCGUUCACUCUCACGGGCUCAGUUGGCCGCGGUCGCGUUCGUCGGCGCGCUGGCGACGCUUCUGGCGCGUGCCGCCUUCGCGGAGCAGAGGCGAGUGCGAGGCUCGGACUCCGCCGAGAAAAAGCGAACGAAGAGAACCGAGUCGGCGCUGAAAACGCCUCCACACCCGCCGGAGGAAGAGAGCUCUAUCCGCGGCCUUUCCUCGGCUCCUUACCCCCUCGUGUGGCACGCCCGCGCGGCGUCUUCUUCCGUCGCGGCUCCGUCUGCCGCGCCGGCAGCGUCUGGGUUCUUCGGCGACCGCACCGCGCGAGACUCGCUUCGAGAAGCCUCACGCGAGACGGAUGAUGGUCCGGCGCAUGCAGCAGAAGCGCGCACAUGCGCGGCAGGGCGCGCAGCAACCGAGGAGACGCAAGGCGAGAGCGAGGCCUGGAAGAGACAGCCUGGGCGCGCUGGGCCUUCACCAUCCGUUUUACAAGAAAGAGGCCAAUUGGGGCGGGCUGGAGGUGGAGGAGCCGACGAAGCGGAGGGAGACGCCGAGGAAGGCGACUGCCAGGGCGACGACGGAAAUGAAGACGAGGAGAGAGAUUUUUGGCAGUUGCCGACUGCUGCGGCUGCGCUGAGAGGGGAAAAGACUCCUGUCUUCUGGGAUAUUCAUAUCGAGGCCCAGAUCGCUUACUUCAACUCUGCGGUCGCGCCUGCGCUUCUCGCCUGGCUGCACUUCUUCUUCGAGCCUCCCUCGGGCGUUUUCCACCUUAUCCUUCCAGCUCUUCACUCGGCGCUCUUCGCUUCGUUCGCCCGUCUGCGUGCACGGGGGGCCGCGAGUGAGCACACUCAUGACGAACUCGGCAGAGCGGACGCGUCCGCGCCCUCCCGCUGUCGCGAAAACGACGCCGCAAGAGUGUUCCCGAGGCCUCCGCGUGUCGGCGACGCGUCCUGCGCGGUCUCGCCUUCCUCCUCGCCUUCGCCCUCCUGCGGCGUCUCGUCUUGCUCCCCUUCGCGGGUCUGUGCGUCGUCCGUGGAAGGCCAGGUGCUGCGCGAGAGCGCAGGCGCGCUUUCUGCCGGCUUCGAUCGCGAGGAGGAAGCGACGCAGGAGAGAGUCACGCGCUUGAUCGUCCAGGUGUGCGACGCGGGGCGCACCUUUCUCGCCCUCCCGCCCUCGCGGGCCUUCUGCAGCGCGGGCGAGGCUCUCGUCGCCUUCGUCGACCUGCACUACCUGCUCUUUCUCCUGGCCUACUGCUCGCCGGGACAGCGAACGGCGCGCGAAGAAGAAGCGAGGAAGACAACUCCAACGCUGGUUUCGCGUGUGUGCGAGCUUCACCUGCGUGCCCUCGUCCUCAUCGCCGCCAAGCGACCUGCGGCCGCCAUGCGACGGUUUCAGCUCUUUCGCGUCCUCGACUUCCUCGCAGUCCACCUGCUGUCUCCUUCGCUGGAUGGAUCGCCCUGCGUGUCCGGCGUAGCGCGGACGGGCGACCGCUCCUCUGCGCGUCUGCUCUCCUCCGCAAGACGGAGAGACAGAAGAGACUCGAGGAGGCGCGAGACCAGACGCGGCGCACACCGCCCAAAGCUCCUCGACGCCUGGCCGCUGCACAGAGAGCUCGAGGCGCGCAUGCCUCGACUGCGCGCAGGAGAGGCGACGGAAGAUGACGCGAGGCAACGGACGCAGCAGCCAGGCAAAGCGCAGGCAGCGCGGGCGGCUGGCGGUUCGCAGGACGGAGGCGAGGCAGAAGAGAUGCGCGCCGCAGAACGAAGAGAGGGAGAGGGAGGAGGGGGAGCACGCAGACUUUCGCCAAAUAGACGGCCUCCCGUCGCGUUCCCCUCAGAGCGAGGAGGAGCGGACGCCGCGGGGCAGAGCCCUCGAAUCUCUGCGAGCCGCGAGGCCCCCCGCAGUCGAUCCUUGUCUGGGGAUUCCGCGUUCUCGGGUUCCUUCUCCUCUUCGCCUUCUUCGCUGUCAAGUCGCUGCUCGUCGUCUUCCUUUUCAUCAUCCUUUUCCUCGCUCUCGUCUUCGCUGUCUCCGCUCUCGUCUUCUCACCAGCGCUCGCCUCUUUCCAAGUCCUUCUCCAGCGCCUUCUCCUCUUCAGGCUGCUCCUGCCCUGCUUCGCCGAGCAACCGUCACCCGGCGUCGCUCUCCUCUUCAUCCAGCGGCCCUCUCACGACGUCGUCGCCGUCUUCCGGCGCCUCGCCCUCUCCCUUUUCCUCUCCAUCGCACGCGGAACAGCGUUCGUCUUCUCUGUCUCUCUCGCCCCCGCUCUGUCCCGGCGACCCCGAUCAGUCGGCUGGGGCUCCAUUCAGGGACGAGGGCCUCGUCGCCUCCGCUAGAUUGCCGCCGGCUUUCUCGACGUCCAAAGCGCCGACGUGGCGAGUGGCUCCAUUGUCAUCUCCUUCGCGCCUCGAGCCGCAGCCCCCUGCGGCUCCAGCCGCGGCUGUCUCCCCCGCUGUGGGGUCGCCCGCUACUUGGGUUCUACCGGCGCCGGUGCCGUCUCCGGGAGGGGACGGUGGGACGUGCGAGUGGGCGCGAUCCACCGAUGUGGUGAACGGAGACAGAGGCGGCGCUGGAGGCUCUUCUUCCUUUCCGCCGCUUAAGAUCAAUGCAGCAGGCGAACCGGUUGCUCAAAGCGCCGAAGCUGGAAGGUCAAAUGAAGAUGCCUCCGGGGAAGGCGCGCAGCGGCACAGACGGCGAGUGAGUUUGAGGCGGGGGGGCGACGGAGACUCGGGACGAAGGCGGCGACGGGGGGACGCGCGCGCCGCCAGAUUGGAGGCGCGGAGGGAGGGGACAGAGCCGGCAGAAACGCUGACGGAGACAGGUUCCCGCGAGCCCAAACGACGCGGGAGAGAGCGCAGAGCAGAGGAACGACGCGAGAGGCGGAGCCAUCGGCGCCAGUCGCGCUCCAGCGCACAGGAAAGGAGUCCAGAGGCGAAACUGUGCACCCCUAGGCAAACGCGAGAACGACACAGAAGGUGCCUUUCGCGCUCGUCGGCGCGGUCCGAUGACCACCGACCGGCCGAGGCGUUUCCUGCCGGUCGGCUGCGUAGGCCCUUCAUUCCUCCGCUGCGUCUCGACGCGCUGCCGCCGCCAGCUUCGUACCGGGAUCUUCAGCAGCCGCCCUCGGAGGCAGGUGCCGUGAGCUACGGACCCACGCCCCGCCCCCCGACGGGGAAAGCGGUUUCCAGUCAGCGCCUCGUCGACCACGCCCUCUCGACGCGGCACGGCGGAUUCGCCGGCGCGCGGAGGAGCGGCGGAGAAAACGACGCGCAGGCCGCAGGACGGGCGCUGCGGAGCGGCGACGCGGCGGAAGCGCCCGCGGAGAGACCGCCGGCAGCUGCGGGCGAGAGGCAGGCAGCGAAGGAACUCGGGGCAGCGACCCCGCCGCGCGGACGAGACGGCGACGAACGCUGCGCCUCAGAGACGAAAGCCGACCACGACGCCGGCGAUGGAGGAAUCGAGAACGAAGAGGGAGACGAGGACGGGGAGAGGACAGGCCAUCGAGAAAGCGGCCGCGAGGGAGAAGCGGAGGCGGUGAAGGGGGCUGGAGCGUGCGCGGCGGACCAGGCUGCUAAGGGAGUGGCGGUGGAAGCGGCGGCGUGUAGAGAAGCGACGUCUGUCACUCCCGUGGGAGCAGCAGGCGCCGGUGCGCCGCGGAAGGCCGCGCAAGAAAGCAAAGAUGCCGCAAGGAUGAGAGAAGGCCCUUGUGGUGAGUCCGGGCGAGACGAAGGCACCGCAGGGAACCCGAGGCGGAAGCCACAGGACGCCAACGCCGAGCCGACUCAAGCAGGCGGCCAGGCGGAGAAAGCUCGAAACGGCGAGGAAAGGAGGCGAUCAGACGUCCUGGAAGUAGCGGCUUCGGACGGGAAGUCUCUCUCUGUCUCCACGGCUUCUUCCGCCUUCGGCAUCACCUCAUCCGCUCCCGCUGCGGCUCUGUUUUCUCCACCGUCCUCCGCUACGUCGCCAGCCGCGCCGCAUCUCUCCGCCGCGUCGUCGUCGUGCGGCGCGCGGAGCCCUCCGCGAGUCUCCUUGUCCUCUCGGACUUCUUCUUCGUCCUCGCCCGCGCCGGCGUCGCCCUGGCCGGAGCCCGUUGGGCUCCGGGCUUCUGUCUCUUCGCGCCGGAAGUCCGCGGGGGGCCGCGAGGGCUCGGCGCGGAGGGGCGCGAAGCGCCUCGUGCCUCGUCUCAUCCCCGCGACGAGUCUGCGCGCGUCGUCCUCGACUUCCGCCGUCCACGAGUACCGGACGGUGCUCUCCGCCGCGCUUCCGGCGCAGGCGGCGGGCGAGUCCAUCUCGAAGUCGCGGGCAGAGUCUCUGCCGGGGUCAGCUUCAUCCGCUUCGUCGCCUCCCUCUCCCGUGUUGGUCUCCUCGUUCUCCGCAUUCGUCUCUCGGACCUGGAGCGCGCGAGAGCGCGACAGCAAGGCAACUGCGCGAGCAGCCAGCAGCGAGGCAGCGCCGGACUCGGGAGCUCCCCUGCAAGGCGACGAGAUGGAGCCCGUCAAGUCGCAGAAGUGGUCGUUUAUGAAGCGCCCCACUUCGCCCUCGCCGCUUUCGCCCUGCUCGGCUCCCGCUGCGGCUGGUCCCCGCCAGCCGCUCUUCGCCGCGAGCCCCGCCGCCGCGGGCGCGCUGUCUCCGCCGGCCUCCGCCUCAGCGUCUCUCCCGCAGUUGCAUUCUCGUUCCUCCUGUUCAGCCUCGCUCUCACCUUUCUCCACGGCACCAGGGUCCUCUUCUUUCUCGCUGUCUUCGCUCUUCCACGCGGGCUCCGGCGCCCCGCGGGGAAAAGAGGCCCAGGGGUCUCCUCCACCCGCGCAGCGCCGCCAGGUGUCUGGCCUUCUCUCUUUGCUGCGAGGAGACGCCGGCGUCUCCGCGCGAGAGGCCGACGGGCGCGGCGGCAGCGCGGCGGCGCAGGGCGCCCGAGAAAGCCAAUCCGAGAAAGGCCAGGAUAUCGCCUGGCGGUGGACGCCCGGCGGCUACCCCAUGCAUCGGCGCUACUCCUGGGAGACUGCGGAAGAUACACCAGAGAAAGGCGGCGCGGAGGGGGGUAGCGCGGAGAGAGCCCGAGGACAGGCAGGACCGCGAGGCGGGGCGCCGGUGGCGUUCGAGGCGCAGGAGAGAGAAGAGUUCGACGGGCGCGGAGGUGCGAGGGAGAGAGACGAAGACGCGGCGAAGGAUCCCCACAGGGAACCGCGGACGCGAAGCAGUGGAGCGCGGUCCUCAGAGCUCGCAUGCGCCCGCUGGAACGGCACCCCUGAGACUCCGCGUGGUGCUGUCUCUUCUCCCUCUUCAGAGCCGAAGCGCCCAGCGCCUCUCUCUUCUUUCUUGCCCGGCAAGGCUUCCAGGGCUCGACAUCCCGCUGCCGGGGCGGUGCUCGCGCUGCCGCUGCACGGCAGCCGCCCUUGCCUCGUUUUCGCAAACGACGACUCCGGAGCCGAAGGCUCCAGGCUCUCCUCGACGGCCUCGGAGACAGCUGCCCCUCCGCGAGCGCGGUGGCGUCACUCGCCGAGGCUCUCUGCCGCCGGGGGCGCGCGGGCGGCAGCCCGGGACGGCUCGUCCGCCGCUUCGCGGGCGAAGCGGCGGACGAGCCCCCAGAGGCAGGCGUGGCUCCAACUGCCUAGCAGGCAGAGAACUGUGAAGGCGGUAGACGGGAAAGAGGAACUCCGGUCUCCGUUUGGCGACUCGGCGCGCGAUCUCGCCGCGGCGAUCCCCCCGCGCUGUUGGAGCGCGAGCGCGCGUCACGCGUGGGGGCGCCUCUCUUCCUCAGUCGACGCCGCGGCGCUGGCGGGCGGCAGCCGGCCUCUCUGGCGCUUCUCCUCUCCGCAGGCCGCCAGGCAGCGCCUGCCGGCCUCGUGGACCUCCGGAGCGGCCAGCGCGGCUGUUCCUUUUCCGCCCUCUGCAGGCGGCGCGCCUGGGGGCUUGCUAGCACAGAGCAGCCGCUUCUUCUCGCUGCAGCCUCAGUCGCUGCAGAAGCUCUGUCUCCUCGCCGCCCUCGUCACCCCGCGCCUGCAGCAGCAAACGCUCAAGCCCGACGCGGCUCCCGACGACUGCGCCGCGCCGCCCCUCAGGCAGCCCUCGCUCCCCGAGACGGCCGCCGCGUCGCCCUCUGGGCUCUCCGCGGGCUCCUCCUCCUUCUCGCCGUCGUCCGCCGUCCUCUCCGCGCCUUCGUCUUCCUCGUCGACGUCUCCGUCGCACAGAGAGACGUCGAAAUGGGUGGCCCUCGGGGAGAACGCCUCCCGACCCCUGCCAGCGAGCGCGGGGGCAGACGCAGGCCGCGCAGCGGACGGCGAGGGGCGAGGUCUGGCAGCGACUGCAGCAGCGAGUCCGCCAGCGCUGAUGCAACGCGCGGAGAAAGAGGGUGAAGCACGUAGCUCCUCGCAGAGCGCCUCUUGGGUGCGGCCGGCGGCCGCGACAGCGGCAGCCGAGCGACCGCUGAGCGAGGAAGAAGUCGCACACACGGCGCGGAAGGGGAGCGGAGGCGGCGGAGAGGCGCGGACGCGCGAGACCGGUGAAGGCGAAAGAGGCGAAGACGGCCGGAAAGAAGAAGAUAAAGGAGGAGGAGAAAUCGCGGUCGCUGCGGUCGGAGAUGGAGAGAGAAAGAGCGCUGACUCCCCGUCAGAGAAGCUGCCUCUCGCGAGCGGCACGAGCGGCACCGACGCAACGCGGCGCGAUUUGUCUCCGUUCAGCUCACACGCAGAACACGGCCCGCGGGUGCUGCUGACGAGACAGGCAUCGCCGCGUGUCGCAGACGGAGGCGGCGAGCCUCUGCCGCAUGCAGAAAACUUCGAAAGUGACCCUGGGCACUCAGGGGUCGCGAACUGCACGCAAGGGAAAGGCGCGUUAGAAGGCAACAGCGCUGCAGGCGACGCCCCUAAACGCGGAGGUACCGAACCCGCAGAGGGAGAGACAGACGCAGGCGAACGAUGCGACCCGCGAGAAGCCGAAGGGGCGAGUGGAGAACGCACCUGCUUCGCCCGCGUGGAAGGGGGAGAAACUGAGAGAGGAAACCUGUCAAGCGCGCGGGGUGAGAGAGAAACGCCUGCAGGUGUCCUCUGGCCCUUAGGGGAGAAGGCGCGGAGCGGAGGAGACAGCGAAUCGCCAACCGGAGACGCAGAGGCGGCGCGCGAGGCGGACAGCGAAGAGGCGAAGCCUAGGCUCCCGUCCGUAUCCCGCGUGCCGCCCCUCCACUUCCCCUUCGGCAUCUCCCCAGCCGUCAGCGCGGUCGCGGCUCGCGUCGCUCCCGGCCUCCUCGUCGCGUGGAACAAGGCGCGACGGGUCUUCUCCGUCGACGGCGAAGAGCGAGGGCGCGAGGAGCCACUGCAUGCAGACGCUGAAAAAGAGGAAGGGACCUCGUGGGAAGCGCGCGACGAGGAGGCGGAGCGAUGGCGAGGGAAGCGGGGCCUGCUGUCGUCGGAGUUGGAUGGCGGCGAAGGCCUCGAGGCGCUCGUCUCGCCGCCCUCCUCGCUCGCUCAGCACCCUCUUUUCUCGCUGUCAGAGCGUUCGCUGCCUUACCUGCUUUCGCCAGCGUUCUCCUCGCGAAGAAAAGAUGGCCUGCAGUCUUCUCGGCGGCUGAGGCAGCCCUCGCGAGCCCGCGGCCGCGAUGAAGCUGAGGCGCGGGCCCUAGAGGCGGCGCCCCGCGAAGCGCUCAGGGGAGCAGGAGGAAGUGACAGCCGAGAAGAGAGCGACCAACGCGGAGACGCUGCCUGCCUGCGCGUCGCGGCUGCGGAGAGCCGCGGAGAGACUGGGGCAUCGGCAAGAGAAGGCAGGCGAAGCGAGCGAGACUGGAGAGGGAACAACUGGCGAGACGAGGGGUGGGCGACUGAUGUUUUCAGAAGCACGCUUGCGCCCUCGUGGCCGCCUUCUCCUUCGAGUGUACAAUCGCCGGAGGGCGCUCUCAGCCAGGGCCGCCACCGGGGAGAGAGGAGACCGGGCCUGGAGAGACGAGAGCGGCGCCGAGAGAAGCGCACGGCACAAGACGUGGCGCAGCUCGGCGAGAAGUUCGAGUGUACGUACACCCCGGGGGGGGGAACGAAGUCGUCGCGGUGGUGGCGCGGCGUGUACGCCUCAUCCGAGAGAGGCAGCGGAGAAGACGAGAGAGAGCUGUUGCGCCGAGAGGCGGACGAAAGGCUAGAAGAAGAAGACGAGGAAACGCGGAUUGAAACGCGAGACUUCCUCCGGUGUCUCCUCUGCACGACAUCGCGUCACCUGGGGCUGGCCGGCUGUCGCCUGCUCAAGCUCGUAGCCGCGGAGUUCUUUCCGCAGAUACUGGGCACACGCGAGACGAAGCUGGGAACCGGAACCUACGGGAGCGUAUGGCAGUGCACGACGGCGUUUCGCGAAGUCCCGUUCGUCGCCGUCAAGCAGGUGUCUGCGCCGAUGGACGAGAAGAGUCACUUGAUUUUUAGUUCGAUUUUCCACGAGGUGGUGUGUCUCGACACGUUUCGGCUCGCGUCGCCGCUGGUCGCGGAGCUCUUUGACUUUGGCCUCUCAGCGCACGACGGCCUGCUAACCUACGCGAUUCAAAUGAAGCUGUAUGGUUCCACGCUGGGGUCGUGGCGACGCAGUAUUCGCGACGCGUGCGACGCGCAGGCCUCGUCCCCGCGCCUGCCGGGCCUCGAAGGGCGCAGCGACGCCCGACAGAGCCCACACGACGCGCCGGCAGAAAAAGACACUUCCUUCUGCGACAGGCUCGGGGAGCUUCACGAGGACAGCGACGAGGAGCAUGCGCGGAGGAGGCGCGCCGACGAAGCGGAUUGCGCGGCACGAUCCUCCGCGCGGGAGGCGCAGUCCGCCUCCGAACGCGCUGCUGGACGCGAAUCCUUCUUCGUGAGUGCUCCUGACGGGAUGCCAGCGCGCGGAGAUGAAGGAGACGAAGACGAGGAGAGUUUGGAGUUCCAGCGCGCGCUCCUGCCGCUGCUCCUGGGCAUCUUCCGGCAGAUUGCAUGCGCGGUGGCGAAGCUCCACGCGAAAGGCAUCACGCACUGCGACCUGAAGUGCGACAACGUCCUCGUGGACUUCACCACGCUGCUGCCGGUGCCUGGCCAGGCCACGGCCGUAGAGACCGCAGAGAGAUCAAGAAAACACGGAGCGCGAGGCGCGGCAGGCAGCGAGGGCGCCGCGGAGGGUCGCGGCGCAGACAGGGAACAUGCCUGCGGCGUCUCUGUCUCUGCUCAAGGCUGCGAGUCUGGAACUGUGUCUGGCCGCUCGCUAGCGGGGGGCGAGGCGGAGGCGGAGGAAGGCCCUGCGAAGGAGCGGCGCAGUCGAUCUCCUCCGCGGCUCUCCGCUGUCGAGACCGAGCGUCGCCUGCGGAGGUUCUGCGAGUUGCAGGCGGGCGAGGCGCCAGUCCGGCUGGUGCCCGUCCAGCUUCCUGACGGCCCUCUGCUGAUGCCGCAGGUGGCUGUCGCAGACUUCGGCGAGGCCUGCUUGCUGUCGCGGAGCGCCGAGCUGAACGCGCGGUCCAGGGGCACGGAAGUGAACAAGAGCCCUGAGCUUCUUCACGUCUCUGUCGUGGUGGAGACCGACGAGACCGACUACGAGAGCGGAAGCGAAACCGCGCUAGUGGAGGGCGGUGGAGAGCGCGCCGCCGCCGGCGAAGAAGAAGAAGAAGGGAGAGACAGAGACAGCAGCGGCGCGGCAACUGCGGGAAACAGCGAAGAGACGAGACUGCCAGGGACGGGGGCCUCGGUGGCUGAGCGGGGGCGGCGUGGCCCUGUGGCGCCGUCUUCGCCUUCCUCGCACCGCGCAGGCGUCGUCGUCGGCUCCACCCUUUGUGCAUUUGCUUCCUCGAGGCCGCUUCGGCGAUUUGUGGCGCGGCUGAGGCACGCUGGGUCGCCGUCUCUGUCGUCUGCGGCUGUUUCGGCGCCUGCCUCGCCCUCUGCUUCUCCCGCAGGCCCUCUCGCCGUCGAGCUCGCGUCGCCUGUUUUGUGCGCGGCCUCUUCCGAGGGCUUAUACAGUCCGAGGAUGGCGGCGGAUGUGUGGGCGCUGGGGUGUGUAUUUUAUGAGUUGGUGACGAGUCACUGUCUGUUUUUGAGCAAUCCGUGCUUUUAUCUUCGGCUGUCGGGGAGGCUGCCGCUCUUGGACGACGUGGCGCGCGACAGCCUCGACAAGAUUAACCCUCUACUCGCGCCGUUCCUUCUUCUUCUUCUCCAGCGAUCGCCGCGCAAGAGGCCCGCAGCGGCUCAGGUUGUCGCCCUUGUGGACUCUCUGCUUUGCGCGGUCCUGCGAGAGGGACGCGCGCGAACGCACGCGAGGAAGCCGCGCAGCAGAGGAGGUGGAGAAGGCGAGGCGGAGAAGAUGCGCGCGGCCGCGACUGCCCUGGAGGCCGAGGCGCCCGCGAGAGAAGGCGCGGAGAUCCGAGCUGCGGAAGGAUGCGAGAGGGAGGAAGAGAAGCGCGGGGUCGCGGCGGAGGUGCAACUCAACAGAGGCCGGCAAAAGUUGCAGCUAGGGAAGACAACCCUGGGUGAGAAGGAAGACGCAUGCAGCGCCGGAGGGGCAGCCUCUGGCAAGGUAGAAGACAGGACACGCGGCCUUCGUCUCGAAAACCUACAACCUUUCUACCUGAGUGUGAUGCCUGCGUCCCCCUCAAGCGGCGCAGCCCUUCUGGGCGCAGCUCUCGACACGGAGAGCGACGGCGAGUCUAACGACGGGGGCGGAAGACGGCGAGUGGCGGCCGAAAACCACAUGGCGGAGAAGCUGACGGCGUCGCGGCGUGCGAGGAUUAAGAGAGAGACAGACGCCGAGCUGUGUCGCGGAGCGCGCUCAAGCGACAGCGAGGGGAAUAAGCCGGUGAGACAGCGAGAAGGGGUCCCGAGUCCGAGUCCUUUCGAAGAGAAUCAAGAGGAAGACGAAGAGGAAGAAGAAGACUGGUUUAAUAGCACCGUUCUCGGCUUUUCUGUAUUGCCGCCUUCUCGCGAUCUGUUUUCCACCUCGAUCUACGCAUCCGCGGCACGUGGCGACACGCUCCGUGUUCUGCGAGACGUGGAGAUUUGGGCGAUACCCCGCGUUUCAGCUUGUGUUGAAGUCUCUGCUGCUUCUCUUCCUCCCUACAAACCUCCUUCUCUCGCCCAGCCUUUACCCGCGCCUUUCUCUUCUUCGCUCUGCGGUUCCAACGUCUCUGAGUCGCGGCGGCCUCGCCCCCGCGCGAGUGACGACUGGCGUCAUCAGGUUGGGUGCGCGAGCUGCCUCGUCGCUUCUUUCUCCUACAUCGUCGACUGUCGGAUGCCGGUUGGGGUCUCGCCGCGCGAAACUGUUCAUCGGAGCUCGCCAUCUUCUUCUCCUGGUCAGGCGCGAGAGAGUCCGCUUCUUUCCUACCGACCGAAGACGGGGAACGAGGGAGGGGGGGGCCGCUGGGCGUCUCCGCGGCUCCUUCCGCGUCCGCUGCCGGCCGAGCUGUUCGCAUCGAAGCGCGUGCUGUCUUUCUCUGCGUUCUCCCUCGCGCUCGCCGCGGCAGAAUCGCGUCUGGGGGGAGGCGGGGAGAGAGACCUCCCCUCCCGCAACGGGCGCUCUUCGGGGCGGCGGACGGCGUGGGACUUGCAGAGCCCGAGUCUGCGCCUGCCUGCGUCUGCGCGGAGCGAGACGCAAAUCUACGCUCUCAAAGACGCAGCCGGCAGGCGCGCCUCUUGUCUGGUCUCGGCCGCGCCGGAGACGGCGACUGAGCUCGUAGAGAGCAGGCGGGCUCCCGCCGCGCGACGAGGCAGGCCGUGGAAGGCGGAGGCGUUUUCUUGCUUUCUUCCGGUUCUCUUCGAUUUCCUGCGGGAGGCGGCGGCCGCGGGCGCGCGCGUCCUCUUUCUGGAUGACGAGGCAGCCGGCGCGGGAGAGGACGGAGGGCUAGGCGGCGAGAGCGAGGAGAAGCUCGCGAAGGAGCAGAAGGAGAACGUGGACGGGAACGAGCGAAUCUCUGUGGCCUGCGCGAUUGCCCUUGUCAUCGAGGGUUUCGCGCUUGAUCCAUUCCGAGCCGCGAGCCUCCUCAGCGCUCAGUGUAUAUCCACUCCGCUGACAGCUGGCGUCCGCGACGUUCUUUCGUCUCUCUUUCGCGAGAGAACUGCGGCCUCUAGAAAGCAAGCGCCUCUCGCGCGUCCAGGCGCAACCUUGCCCGCGUGCUUCUCGAUACGCGAAGGCCGCAGUCCCCGCAUGCAACUCCUCGAGGGCGCCGCGCCACCCCCCGUAGAGGCAGCGCCGUGGUGCGUCCUGGCGAGAAUUGGUGAAGGCCGAGGCAACGAAAAUGCUGGCAAAGGUCACUCAGAGCCCGCAGAUCGUGAGCAGGGUCGCGUAAACGAGGCGGAGAAGGGUGGAACGCCCUCCUCCGCGUCUUGGCGCUGUGGCGGCUGCCCGCUCGCCGGAUCCUGCAGCGUCUAUACCCUCCACGUGCGCCGGGUAUACAGACUCCCGAGCCUGCGAGGCUUGUCAUGGCGCCUCGUGUUUGUUCCGCUGCCUCGCCCUCGUCGCGCAGGCGAAGCGGAUGCCGAGAAGGACGACCGGGAAGGAGAUCUUGCUGGGGGACUCCUUUCGCUUCUUCAGGCUUUGGCUGGCGGCAGCAGAGGCCGCGCGGGGGGCGGAGACAACGGACUGCGAGACGGGACGCAGGGUCCUCUCGCAAACGCGGAGGAGGUCCGCCUCAGUCAGCUGCUGCCGCGAGACACGCUUGCGGCGUCGAACGCUUCGCCCGCGGCUCGCUCCUCAACGUUCUCCAGCUGUGUCUGUGCACACAGAGAAGGUCGGGCGAGAAGAGGAAAGCUCGGGGGUGACUCACGCGAGCGCCCUCGACGCCAGACAGGAGCGCGAAGGGAGGAAGAAGGGCCUUUCGGUGCCGAGACACUGCCACCGGAUUCAAGCGUUCUCAACGACAAGGCGCAGAGAAUACGGAGUUGUCCCCGCUGUCUCUGUGCGGCGAUCGCGGACCGGGAGGAAGCGGAGGCCUCGGUGACGUGGAGGUACUUCCGCUGUCGCAUUUGUCAUCUGCUGUCGUUCGCUGUCGGGCUCCCUUCCGCGUCCGCGGCGGUCUCGGCUCCCAGCGACAAAGCGGGCGCGGCAGCGAGGCCGCAAGAAAGCAGCGUGCGGCAGGCCGUGGAAGACGCGCGCGAAGGCGAGGGAGCAUCUGCGUGCGAUCGAUCUGCGCCAGACACAGCGAACGCGUCGCCCUCUGCGUUUUCUGCGGUAGUCGCCUUUCCCGUUUUCCUUUCAAACUGGCGGGAGUCUGUGCCGGAAGCGGAGCUCGCAGAGAGCCCGGCGCGAGCCGUGGAGGACGCGCGCGGAAGGAGGGGGGGAGGUGAAAGUCCCGAGGAAGCAGCCAGGCCCUUUUCUGCGCAGGCGCGUCUGACGGCGAGGCCUGGACGCGAAGGGAGCGGCCGCAAAGGCCCGGGGGCGGUGAUGAUUCACGAAGAUGCAGAGGGAAGUCGCCACAGCGACGCGCAGCAGAAUGAUGAGAAAAUCGCAGAGGCGCGGAGGCAGAAGGCGGAGGCGGAAGGUCUUUGGCUAACCCAAGACGAAGAGACAGCGGAGAAAUCAGGGAGCGAACGUGAAGACGAAGGUGACUCAGACUGGAGCGAUGGGAAGGACACGGCCGUUGCAAGGCGUCCGGUCCUCGCAGAGCUCGGCCUGAGCGACUGUCUCUUCUAUCGAGACAGAGAGUAG